AUGAACAACAAUAACAAUCACCAAGGGAUUGAUUACGAAAAGGAGGUGGGCGAUGAAGACACGCACUUAGCCUUUGUGCUGCCGGCCGGCUACGCUGAGUCGCAUAGCGCCGAAGACAUCCGCAAGUUUGUGAUGGUGCAGAUCAUGGCCCUGGUGCUGGCCACCUUGCACCUGACACUACUGGGCCUCGGCACCCUGUCCACCUUCUCCUUGGCCGCGGUGCUCCCGCUGGAAAUCGUCGCCCUCUACCUGCUGCGGGUCAAGCACGACUUCAUCAGGGCAGCCCUCCUUCUGACCAGCGUCAUCAACUUUACAACCCUCUUCGCGUGCCUCCACUACGGUCUCGUCCCAGAGAUCUACGUGUGGCUCGGCUGGGUGCCAAAGAUCUUAUCGUUCACGAUGGGCGUCGAAGGCGGCUUGAUAGGCCUGGCGCUGGUGCUGGUCGAGGGUGCCGUCCUCUUUCUGCUGGGCUCUACGCGCUCGAGCGGGAUCCAGGUCGAAGAACCAGCGCGUGCGCUCACCGUCAACGCCUAUCUGCUCUGCUUCGGCCUCACCGCCUGCGUGCACGAGUACUGUCGCGGCAGAGCCCUCCACCGGCUGCGUGUGGCGCUGGGGGAAGUCAAGAGGGCCAACGACGAGCUGCGCGCAGCGGCCGAGGCCAAGAGCAUCUUCCUAGCCACCACCUCACACGAGCUGCGCACUCCGUUGCAUGGGAUCCUGGCCCUGUGCGACUCGCUGAUCGAGCGGAUGCCUCCGCGCCAGGCCGGCCGCAAGACGGUCAAAACGAUCUCCCAGUGCGGGCGACAUCUCCUCGGACUGCUCAACAACAUCCUCGACUUUGAGAAGGCCUGCUCCGACACCUUCAGCAUCGAAUGCAUUCCGUUCUCCAUCGCCCGCGAGGCCGAAAAGGUCUGCGCUACGUUUGCGGCGAUGAUGAAGGGCAAGCAGAUCACGCUGGAGAAGUACUUCAACCCACAAGCGAGCCACUACAUGGGCGACCCUCUCCGCUUUCGCCAGAUCGUGUGCAACCUGGUUUCGAACGCCUGCAAGUUUACGCCGAGCGGGGGAACCAUUCGAGUGUCCAUCACGAGCCAGCCCACGGGUGCGGUUCGCGUCGAAGUAGCAGACACAGGCAUCGGCAUCGCCCCGCCCGAACAAGCCCGUCUCUUCCAGAACUACGUCCAGGGCGACAACUCAAUAACCCGCCUGUAUGGGGGCAAGCGGGUCCUGGUGGUGGACGACAACCCGGUCAACCGGAAGGUGUGCGUGGCCCUGCUCCGUCGGUUUGGGUGUGUGACCAGGGUGGUGGCCGACGACGACCACUUCGACGCCAUUCUCAUGGACUUCCUCAUGCCCGUGCUUGGUACGCACGACACGCACGACACGCACGGAACACGACACUACACGCAACCUAACAUUCUUGGCGUGGCAGAUGGCCUUCAGGCGACCACAAGAAUACGGCAGGACGAAGCGAAGCACGGGUGCAGACCGGUCCCGAUCAUUGGGCUCACGGCGACGGCCACGGCGGAGGCUACGGCGCGGGCGCACGAGGCCGGUAUGAACGACGUGCUCACGAAACCGUUCGACCACGAUCAACUGGCAGCCGCACUCUCUCGGUGGGUCGUGGCACGACCUGAAUAG